ACACUCUCACUCGCUCACUCACUCACUCAUUCCGCCGAGUCCCACAGGCACUCACUCAGCCUCUGAGGUCACCCUCGCACGCAUGCAACCAAACCGCUGGUGCAGCUUCUGAACGCUAUGCAGCUGUGAUCCGAGAGCCCAAGCAUGACAUCCACCAUGAGCUUCAGAUCGCUGGUGCGCCUGGACAGCCAGGACAGCAACACCCGCGAGGGCAGCCUCAAGAAGAAGAGCCGGCUCUGGCACAGGCACUCCCUGAGGGGCAGCCUCAAGUCCCGUAACGGGAACAACUCAGCUGACACAAUGGGACGACAGUUGAACCGAACUCGCUCCAACUCUCUGGUGGAUUACUCCGACCCUCUCAGGACCACAGUGGUGCUGGAGAAGCAAGACAAUGAGGCGUACGGUUUUGAAGUGCAGACGUAUGGGGUGCAGCUGAAAAACACCACGGCGGUGGAGAUGUGCACCUUCGUGUGUACCGUGCAGCAGGACAGCGCAGCUGAGAACGCAGGCCUGAGCGCUGGCGACGUGAUUGUCACUAUCAACGGCAUCAGUAUCGAGGGUUCCUCUCACCAGGACAUAAUCAGCCUGAUCAGGGAGUCCACCAACGUGCUAAAGAUGGAGACAGUCAGUGGGACCCUGGUGAAGAGAAUUGAGCUGGAGAAGAAGCUCAGCUUACUCAAGCAAAAUUUGCGCGAAAGAUGGGUGGAGUUGCAAGCCCUCACUCAACAGGAAAAGCGUCUUACUAGAGGUAACCUGGUGGACAGUGCUGGCAUGCCGUCCCUGGAGUCCCUCAUAUCUCUGGCGUCCCCCCCCAGCCAGCGGGGCAUGCGCUUCUCCAGCGACAGCAGCUGCCGCAGCCUGCUCAUGUCGGACAGCGAGGACGGCAUCUCGCCGGUUUUCGACGACUGCAACAACCCCUUCAGCCCGCUGAGCCCUGGCGGUCAGUCUGUCUUCUUCGCCAAAGGCCCACACCGGCCGGCACUCACCCGCACGCGCAGCAUCAGCAGCGGCAGCCCCUCGCCCUCUCCGACCUGCGACGCCAGCCGCGUGACGUCGCUGUUCGGCACGCUGCCCAGGAAGGGACGCAAGGCCAGCGUCCGCCAGCAGUUCUUCAAGUUCAUCAACCACUCAGUGGAGGAGGAGGAGGCCAGCUGAGCGGCCACAGUCCAAUGACUGAACACUAACCUCUUGUUGACCCCAGACGGACGUGAGACGUGAAAGCGUCGUCACAGCACCCGACCAGGUUGCGCUCAGGCAUUAAGUACUCUGCACUAGAGAGCCUCAACCCACCACACAGCGUUUAGUCACUGGACUCAACAAAAGCACGUUAACAAUAGGCCUCCAGUUAUUGUGUUUGCACCUGCUGAAAUUCAUCUGUUUGACUGCCAUUGGGAUAAUGAAGGCACAGAGACGAAUAUCCACAGAGUGUCUGCCAUGCAGGUGCAGGUGAAUGGUUGCAGGGUGAGUCAAGUAGUCCGUCAGAGAGGAUUCACUAUGACUCUGCAUUGCAGUGGAAAGGUCCUCAGUUCCUCCAGUAAGGGCUUAGUUACUGAACCCCAUAAAAAAUCACGCUUAGGAGUUUGUAGUGUUGCACUGACCUCACUCCAUCUCCAGACACAAACCUGGUUCAAAAGAGCACAAGGUUAUCAGUAGCAUAGAGAAUCUGCAGCAUUAAUGGCAUCUUGCAUUAAAAACUGUAAUUAUCCCAUUUUCAGUAUUAACCACAACUACAGGCCUCGUUAUCUACUGUUUCAUGUUUGUUCAAAAGAUGUAGCCAUGCAAAUCUUCAAAGACUAAGGAGCACGCACUGUCUGGCUUGCUGACCUAUUUCAACGAAUUACUGUAAAUCAGAGGAGCAGAUAUCUGAGCUUUUGGAUUUUCUUUGAAAUACUCUGUCCAAUCAGAUAUGUCCUAUCCAGGACACAUUUUUAAGUUUGGUAGCAACAGUCUGACACAGAAAUCGAAACCGCACGGUUUGUGUGAAGCUCAAAACAGGAUGUGGGCUGUCACGGUGCUACCCUCUAGACUGUAUCUUUUUCGCAGAGCUGCUCUCUGGUACGUGCAAUACAUGCCAGAAGUCACCUUGCUGUACCUAUGGGCUUUUUGAGCACAACUGGGACCUUAUUCACUGGAAACAGGUUCACAAUUCUUAAUCAAAUCAGGACAGAGAGUGAGAGGAGACUCGGUGGAUUUGCAUGCAUCCUGACUCCAUGUGCUAUAAUCAGUUUCAGUCCUAUUCCAAGCUGAACCCAUGUGAAUCCUAUAAAAGUCUGUUGACAUGGCACUGGCCUAUUGAUUUCUCCUCUUGAUAUGUGUCUGUUUUGAAUAGGUUUCUCCACUAGGGGGAGUAGCAGUGGAAUUAGCAGAUAUAGCAGUGCCAUUUGGUUUCAGACUAGAAUAGCAAAAGGGCACAAAAAAAAGGGGAGUGCUGAGAGGGUCUGUGCUCCAAAAUACGUUUCUGAGCGAGCCUAUACUCGAUCCUGAAAAGCCCUACCUGCAACGGGUGUUGUUUUUAAGUAUAGCACAAUGAAAUGUAGUAGAAGUGUAGAUGUGUGUUGAAUGUAGUUAUGCAGCUGAAUGAGCAAGGCUGCUCAGAUGUUAUCAGACCAGUGGGUCAGGGCUGAGGGUGUGAGGUGUUGUUGUACAGGUUCUAAAUUUACUUUGCACCCGUAGUGUGAGAAUAACCUUGUUCUUGGAAUAUGGGUCUCACACCUCUGCCUAGU